AUGUUUCGCCAAGAAGUCAGUGUGACGUCUUUUAUUCCAUCUUGUUCGUAUCUUUUCCAACACGAGAAGAGGAAUAUGUCGAGAUAUAACAUUUACAGCCUGUUGGACUGGGUCUACGGCGGGGUGGACCCGAAGUUUGAGGGCAAUGGGGGCCCCGAGUGUGCCGCCUUCAUCGCGCCCCAGCAGCGCAUCAGUGAAAGUCUGGUCAUCGUCCUCAUCUCCCUAGUGGAGAUUGGCGUGUCGCUGAAGAAAAUAAACCUCUCCAAAGAGCUCAAAGUGGUUGGAAAAGACUGCACAAGGGCGAAGGAGGAUAGUAUGGGCAAGAACCUGUUGCUCGUUGCCCUUUGCAUGACUUUUGGAGUGGAGGUUGGGUUCAAAUUCGCGACCAAGACUGUGAUAUAUCUGCUGAACCCCUGCCAUGUCAUGACCAUGGUCCAGAUUUUCCUGCUGGCCUGCCCGCCAUGUAAAACAGCAAUGGUUGUAUUUAGGCUGCAGGUACACAUGCUCAAUGGUGCGCUACUGGCUUUAAUGUUCCCUGUAGUCAACACUAGACUGCUUCCGUUUGAGAAGGAGAUCUACUACAUCCAGCACUCCAUGCUGUACCUGGUGCCACUUUACCUGUUCAGGAAAGGAGGUGUGUACAAGCCUGAGCCUCUGGGGGACAUGUGGUGGGCACUGCUCUCCACCGGCCUCCUGUUCCUCUACCACUUCCUCUUCCUGCAGCUCCUUGGCCUGGCGACCGAGGUCAACCUGAACAACAUGCUGUGCCCCGCCGUGUCCGACCCCUUUUACGGGCCUUGGUACCGGGUGUGGGCGACGGGCCACCAGACCCUGCUGACCCUCGUUCACGGGAAGGUUCUGACGCUCCUUUCGCAACACACGGGCUCCAUGUGCAGAUCCCUGCUGGACACGCUCCGACUGCGCAACAAGAAAUGUGACUGAAUGUCCCACGAGGAUACACACAGACCUAGCCUUUCAUUCUAAAUGCCUGCUCUUAUCAUGGAGAUUUUUUCUUUUCUUUUUUUAAAAUCAACAUUUUAAUGCAUCUUUUAAGACUUACCAUCUGUUUAACUGAAACAAGUGAGCAUUUCAGGGCCAGUGAAUCAAUGUGUCAUUAUUUUAGUCUUGCAGGCUUGCAUGCACAAACAUUAUAUGCAUUUUAAGGCUGGUAGUUCGCAUCGUGGAGUUGGAAAGAAUUAGGCUUUUUUUUUCUUUUCUUUUUUUCUUAUUUCCAGAAACAUGUAAGUGAAUUUGUGGAAUAUUUCUCAAGCUGCCUUUUUGUAAGAGUAAAGUUUUAAGGACAGGCAAUAUGAGACACCCCAAAUGUCACUACUGAUCUGCAGUUGUUACACUUUCAGUUCUUUAUGUGGUAGUUUUGCUAGAUCAUGUUAGUGGGUGAAGCUGCCUUUUUUUAUUUGUCUCAAGUGCGUUUCGAAACAGAUCGUGAAUGUGAGCUGUUGUAAAAGUUAAUGCUUGUUUGUAGUCUGAUGGAUUUUUGUUUGUCAUGUAUGGUCACCUCUGUGUUGUCAUGACUGCAAAUAUGUUUAUUUUCCUCUGUUCCCACAUUAUUAGUGGCCUCUUUUGAGUUCUGUCUCCAGCCCGUUCAGAUCAUUCCAGUUGUGAUAAUCAGGGGACAAGAGGAUGUAUAAAGUGCUGAGAUUCAAAGGCAGGCAAGAAUGAGGAUUCAUGAAUCUGCACCUGUUGUUACUAUUACCUCCGCCAAGGAGGUUAUGUUUUUGUUUUUGAUAUCGAACCAUAUUCGGUGGGGUAUAACCGUUGGUGCGUCGUGGGGAUGAAUGUGAUGUUUGCCAAGACGGAGAAGAUCUUGACAAAAUAUGUACCUGGGCUGGAAUCGUGCAUCGCGAAGCUUGAAUAAAAUGUGUCGCUUGAUCCUCCGAGUUAUUCUUACAAGGCAUCCUGAAUUCACUGCACAACUGUAACGAGUCCCAGGCUCAGUGUCGUGUCCAGGAAAUGCAUCAGAUGAUCUGCAUGAAGUCACUUUGGAUCAUUUAUUGACAAGUAAGAAAGUAUUAACCAGCAUUGGCAAUUGGAACAUUUCUGUCAUGGUAUAUAUCAUUUCGAGUGUUAGGGGGUGUGUGUAUAUUACUGUAGUAUAUUAUACUGUUCUUCACUGUAAAGAAGGGAUAAGACAAACUUUUGUAUUUCGAUCGGUUCGAGUGUAUGUGCUGUAUUGACAAUAAAAUCUAUUUCAGUUGA